UGCCUAUGAUGAGGCAGAUCUGUAGCUGAGACACGGAAGUAUUCAGAGAACACGCCCAAUAUCUGGAGCUAACUUGGCAGCUGGGAGAACAAUUACGUCGUAGAGGUAUACUGCUGAGUCCAAAUGGGCUUGUUGACCUCUAAAGAAACUAAAAGGAAACACGCUCGCAUUUUGAUGUUGGGCCUGGACGCAGCGGGUAAAUCCACUUUGUUGUACAGACUAAAAUUCGGAGAUACUGAAUUUUUCACAUCCUCCACAAUAGGCUUCAAUGUGGAAAUGCUGGAGCAUAGUAAAAGCGUCACGCUUACACUUUGGGAUGUUGGAGGACAGCGCAAGAUGCGACAGUUUUGGCCGUAUUAUUUUCAGGACACCGAUGGGCUUGUCUUUGUUGUGGACAGUGCAGAUAAGGAGCGGAUGGAAGAUUCCAGGAGAGAAUUUGAAGGGAUGCUAAAAAACGACUGGCUGAAAGGCAUUCCUGUGGUAGUCAUAGCAAACAAACAAGAUCUUGCCGAUGCACUGUCUGCAGAGGAAAUCACCAAACGUUUCCACAUGAAUAGAUGGUGCUCAGAUCGAGACUGGUAUGUACAGCCAUGCUGUGCCAAAACAGGGGAAGGGUUAACAGCAGCCGCUAAAAUGAUAAUCUCAUACGUCAAAAAGAAAAUGAACUCUAAAGGCGAAGAAACAGGCAGUGAUAUUCAAGAGGACGGGUUAUGAACUAAUGUUCCAAACGUUGUAAUAUUGUGGUGAUUCUUGAUAAUCUUUUUGAUGAGACUACAAACACGAACGAUUCACCUGUAUUGUAGUAAUACUGAUGAUUAGACUGAACCCAAAAUCUGACGAUUAAGAAUUGUAAGGCUGCCAAAUCAGAACAGAUAAUUAAGAAUAUCGAAAAAAUAAUUGUAAUCACAUUGGUAUUGCAUAAACUGUAGUUGCCAUGCCUUCAGCUGCCUGGACCCGAAACGGUUCAAAUCCAUCUGUACACAGCACCCACCCCCACCUUCUCCUUUCAAAACUCUCCUUAAAACCUACAGUCUUUAAACUCGCUUCUGUCAUCUGUACUGACAUAUUACGAUGUGGCGAGUGCCUCCCAUUAAGCUCAUUGGAAUGUUAAAAGUGUUAUAUAAAUGCACGUUGAUGUUGUGACAAGAAUAAUCUUCGUUACUUCAUAGGGGUCUAUGAGGACAGUCUAUUAAAUAAAUUUGUUUUAACCUGUGUCUCGAAAUUUACAAAGUAACAGCAACAGUACUUAUUUAUUCGAAAGUCUUUAUUGUAUCUUCAAAAAAUUAGGGCAUUAAGGAACUGGUAGUAUAUGAUGAAGAUUUUCUUGUAAUUUAGAUACUUUGAUAAAUUUUAAUGAUCACUAACCAGUGCAGCAGUACAAAAUUUCUUUAAUAUGAUGGGCCAGUUCCCAUUGAAAGGCAUUACGUACAUUAAGCAUUUUGGAAUGUUGCUUUAGUAUAUCCAGUAAGACAAUAUGGGCCUAACAAAGACAGGUUAAUGAAAGUAACUCAUCGUCAUGCCACACCAGCAACACAUAGUGAAGAUACAAUACAUGGCCCAGGACUUUGCAACCAACAUUGAUAUUACAGUGUUCACCUUGCCACUGACCUUGCCUGCCUACAAAAUCUAGCAUGGUUUCCCACUUUCCAAUGGGGUAUGCUUUGCUUGGCAAGGGGAUGUCUUGGUUAUUGAUUUUUUUUAUCAUUAUGGAGAUUUGCCCCUGCAAAAACAGAAAAUUAGCUUCCCAGAGCCUGCGAGGCUGUUUCUUAGUAAUUAGGAAGUUAGUAUAUUCCCAAUAAAUAGUUCCACUUCAUUCGACAAAGUGCAUUUUUGGAGGUUUUUCAAUGAGAUUGAUACAAUAAGUGUGGAAGUUUGAUUCAAUUCAUAGAUUUCCGACUUAGUGCGAUCUGGGCAUGCCAUAUUCUCCAGGGUAAUGUUGAUUACAGACAGAAACAUCUGGAUAUCCAUGUUAUUUCAUAAAAGCGCAGAAUUCCAAAAUUCUUGUCAGUUUAAGUGAACUACUGACAGCAAACUCUGAAAGUUGCAAGGUCAUCACCAGUGCAAAAUCUAGACCUGUGAGUUUUAUUACUAUGAAAUAGUUUUUUGUAAAACACUUUGUCUCCUUGCCAUUUGUCACUUAUUGAAGUAAACAACGACAUGAAAUCUAAAACCUAACUACUGUAACCAGGAUGCAAAUUUAUGACAGGCAAGAUAUACAACCAGUAAAACGUUACGAAUUAGUGGGCUUUUUUAUUCAAUAACAAAUAUUUCAAACUUGUUGGUUUCAAAUGUACACAAAAAAUUCCACUCUGUUACAAAAUAGGCAACAAGAACAUUAAAGCCCCUAAGAUUCACAUGAACUGAUAUAUGCUUUUGUCAGUUUUGCAAUUCUCCUACAAAAGCUAUUAGCAAAAAUCAUGUCAGCUUUUUGGAAGCUGACACAGAAUUGGCAAAUGUUUGCAUGCAAAGUAAUCUUAAUUAUUUUUGUAAUAUUUCUAUAUCCAUUUUUGUUUAGAAACUGAAGUAAAUAUUCAAUUAAAUAAACUGUGUUUCACCAAAUGCAAUUUCCCAUUGAGUACAAAUCUGAAAACCAUUAUUCCAACAACAGUAUAUCCUAGUCCAUAUUUGAAAAUUUCUUCUCUCAGAUCAAGAGAGCAGGAACUGAAAUGAGGUGUAUGGAUCUUUGAGCCUGUUCUGCCAUUCAAUAAGAUCAUGAUUAACCUACCUCAACACUCCGCUGCCUAUCUCCCUAUUCUCAAUUCAUUUGGUGUCUAAAUUUCUAUUUCAGUCUUGAAUGUGUUUAACAACUGGGCAUUCACAGUACUCAGUAAUUCCAAAAAUUGAAAAUUG